CUGGUUCGGUUCAGGCCGGCAGGCCCAAACAACAAAAACCAGCAAUCCAUCGGCUUAUCGGGCACCCUUUAAAUAUUACCAUUACGACCUGGAAACCCUAGACUUCGCGGCAUAAGCAAAUCGGGGCUUUGCUUUUCCAUCUCUAGCCAUGGCAGAUGCUGAGGUCAAUGUUGCUGCGUCAGGCCAGCCAAAGAAGAGAACGUUCAAGAAGUUCAGUUUCAGAGGAGUGGAUUUGGAUGCUCUCUUGGACAUGUCCACUGAUGAGCUUGUCAAGCUCUUUCACGCUCGUGCUCGCAGAAGGUUUCAGCGAGGUUUGAAGAGGAAGCCAAUGGCGCUGAUCAAAAAGCUUCGCAAGGCGAAAAGGGAGGCUCCACCUGGUGAGAAACCUGAGCCUGUUAGGACUCACCUCCGCAACAUGAUCAUAGUGCCUGAAAUGAUUGGUAGCAUUAUUGGUGUUUACAAUGGCAAGACUUUUAAUCAGGUUGAAAUCAAGCCUGAAAUGAUAGGCCAUUAUUUAGCUGAGUUCUCCAUCUCUUACAAGCCUGUGAAGCACGGAAGACCUGGUAUUGGUGCUACCCACUCAUCCAGGUUUAUUCCUCUCAAGUGAAGAUGUUGCAUGUGCCAUGAACCACUGGUCUCGUGGGAGUGCUUUAUUAUCCUAGUUUAAAUUGGCAUUUGUUUUGCUGCUUUUUUGUUUUUAACAUGUUACCUCACAUUGAAUGAGAGUUGGAAUGUCAACCAGUUUAUUUUAA